CGCUUUAACCGUAACGAUGCCGACAACGCAGAUUAACACGUGAACAUUCCGCUAGUUUUUAGUUUGCCUGGGAUAAUUUUGUGUCAUUUUUAUGAGAAAAGACUCAGCGAUUCAGGAAUACUGUGAACCUUGGAGGCAGGGUUUGGAACAGGAUGAAACGGAUGAGGAUCAUGAGACGAGGAGGGGUGCUGAGACAUGGUCUGAGACAAGUCAAGGGACCAUCUUAGGCUGGCUGGCAGCACUAAGGAAAAUGGUCAAGAAGUCGAUCGUCGCUGGUGUGGUGGUACUGCUGGUGGCUUUGGUGUGUAUCUUCAUGGGCCUCAUUUUUGGAUUGGGAUAUAAGAGGAGCCACUUUUCUUCAUCAGACCACUUCUACUCAAAGGCUGCUGUGGCUGCAGAUGCAGGGAAAUGCUCCGAGAUUGGGAGGGACAUCCUAAAGAGGAACGGCUCAGCAGUGGAUGCCUCUAUCGCUGCCCUGCUGUGCGUAGGGCUCAUGAACGCUCACAGCAUGGGAAUCGGAGGGGGGCUCUUCUUCACCAUCUAUAAUGCAUCCACAGGAAAGGUAGAAACCAUCGAUGCAAGGGAGACAGCACCCAUGAACGCAACAGAAGAUAUGUUUGGCAAUAAUACCCAGCUAUCCCGGAAAGGUGGGCUGUCCAUUGCUAUUCCCGGGGAGAUCCGCGGUUAUGAGAUGGCGCACAAACGCCAUGGAAGGCUACCCUGGGCGGAGCUGUUUGAGCCCAGCAUCGCAUUGGCACGCAACGGCUUCCCCAUCGGCAAAGCACUGGCCAAAGCCAUGGCCUCGAACCAGGACGCCAUCUUGAGCGAUACAGCCUUUUGUGAAGUGUUUUGUGACAUGCACAAAAACCUCCUGAAGGAAAAUGAUAUUAUAAAAUUUCCCAAACUAGCUGACACCUACCAAAGGAUAGCAGCAGAGGGGCCCGAUGUUUUCUACAAUGGGACUAUGGCUCGCAGUAUUGUGGCGGAAAUCCAGGCAGCAGGGGGAAUUAUAACGCUGGACGACCUGGCGGGCUACGAGCCCCAGCUAAACGAAAACCCACUCAAGCUCAAUGUGGGAGAGUACACUGUGCACGUUCCAGAUGCCCCCUCCAGCGGCCCUGUGCUUGCCCUCAUACUCAACAUUGUGGAUGGCUACAACUUCACGGGUAUGAGUGUCUCUACCUCUGAGAAGAAGACGCUCACGUAUCACCGCAUCGUGGAGGCCUUUCGCUUUGCCUACGCCAAGAGGAGCCGACUCGGUGACCCUCGCUUUCUCAACAUCACAGACCUCAUUUACAACAUGACCUCAGACUACUUCGCAGACAGAAUCAGGAGCAAAAUCACUGAUGACACCACUCACCCCGACAGCUACUACGAGCCGGAGUACUUUGUCCCUGACAACCACGGAACGGCCCACCUGUCGGUCAUAGCGGAAGAUGGCAGCGCCGUGGCGGCCACCAGCACUAUUAACCUGUAUUUUGGCUCUAAAGUUAUGUCUCGUUCGACUGGGAUCAUCUUCAACGAUGAGAUGGAUGACUUCAGUUCUCCCUAUAUAACCAAUGGAUUUGGGGUACCUCCAUCACCAAACAACUUCAUCCAGCCAGGUAAAAGGCCACUUUCAUCCAUGUGUCCAACCAUCAUUUUCGACAAACACAACAAAGUGAAGAUGGUGGUGGGAGCCUCUGGGGGCACCAUGAUCACGACCGCAACCGCUCUGGUGAUUCUCAAUUCGUUGUUCUUCAACUAUGACCUGAAAAAAGCAGUGACGGAACCCAGGGUCCACAACCAGCUCAACCCCAACAAGACUAUAGUGGAGGAGGACUUUGAGAAGAGUGUGCUGGAUGGCCUGGCUCAGAAAAACCAUGUGACAGAGCUGCACCAGACCCCAGGGUCGGUGGUGCAGGCCGUGGUUCGCCAGGGAGACCAUAUCUGUGCCGAAUCUGAUCCCAGGAAAGGUGGCUAUCCAGCAGGGUACUGAUCACUGAGAGAUUGGCAUCAUUCAUCCUCAGUCCCCCACAUCUGGGGCCACAGAGCAACGAGGAAGAGCCAUGAACAAGCACAGCCAGAGGAAGAACCAUUCCCCCUUUUUAUAAGCGAUGCCCCAAGUGCCUUAGAGGGAGAUCUGAUUAUGGCCUCCUCAAGGAGAGCCAGCCAUUCUCUUGCUCCAUGUUUAGCCUGUUUUACUUCACCUGGGGUUAAACAUAACAACUCAGUUUCCAUUUCAAUACCUCUCAUUUUCACAACUGAAAUUGUUAUUUCAAAGUGUUAUUUUUUUGUCAGCAUUAUUUAUUAUCAAUUUUGUGUUUUUGAAAAACGAAGAGAUUGCAAGGCCGGGAGUGGCAUGAGAAACAAUAUUUGUAGGUGACGUUGUAGACAUGUUUGCCAACAACAGUUUCUUCCUGGAAAUAUCAAAAGAUCUUGGGAGGUGUGAUAGAUUUUGUGUGAUCAUUUCUACUUCAUUACAUACAAUCAACACCAGCCCAGUAUCUGCUUGGUGAUUACAGGGAAUAAAUUGUGUAUGUAUACAUUCACAAAAACAAAAUGAAAAGUGAGAUCAGUACUCAACAGACACUGUGAACAGAGAGAGUUUUUUAAUCAAACAGAGAUGGUUAUUCAGAGAUGAAAGGGGAAACAUUAACAGUCAGUCCACUAUUUUUUAUAUAUGGGUUGAUUGUCAACUGUCUUCUUUCUUUCUUUCGAAUAUGGCCAACAGAUUUGUUACAUUUUUCAUAUAAUAAAAUAAUAAAGGAAGAAAAAUAAAGGUAUAAAUGAAGCCUUGUCUCUAUCAUCUGUGAUCAUAUGCAAUAGCAUGGCUGAUUAGUGCAAGACUCAUUAUCUUCAUUCCGAGGUCUACUAUCUUCUUUUUUUAUGGAUUUCAUUUACAAUUUUGUUUUCAUCCGAGAAAACAAGAUGAUGCAUUUUCACCCCACAGCUAUGACCAGACUAUCUGUGGAAUUCUCUUUUCCCUCUUCUCAUUGAACAUUCAAUGAAAAUCUCAUUGAAAAUGAGAUUGGACUGGAAAUCUACAGAUUUUUUUGGUUGAGCUAUGGGUUUGAGGGAUAUGUGUGACUUUUACACCGGCAGUCUCCCAGUGAGUUCCAUUGGGAAAUUUAUUUUAUCUAAUGAUAUUUUUCUAUUUCUUCAUGAUGCCAUGUGUAGACUGAGACAAACUUAAAAAAUAGUUUAUUAAUGUUUAAUAUCAAGUAAGACUGAAGAGGUAAAUGUAUAGUACAUUUUAAAAGACAUUUGCAUAUAUAUUUUUUAUACAUUGUUCUCAUUCCUAGCUUGUUAUUAAACAUUUUAUAAAACAUU